AGGGUUAUUUCUUUCUCAUUUCUAAAAACCUAACCCCUCCAAGGAGUCCAACAUGGAAGAGUUUAAAGAUGCAAGUCCGCCUGAAGAAUUACUUGAUCACUUAAAGCUUUCUGAUCAGAAGUCUUCAGAGAGUGGCCCCAAAGAUGCACAUAAUCCCAAAAACAUUGAAAGUGGAUAUACACCACCUUCAGCCAAAGAUCCCACAACAGCAGAUGAGUGUUUCCAUGACUGUCACGACUCCUUUGAGGCAAAAGAACCUAUGCUGGAUGAUGAAGAGAAUUUACAGAAUGAUGAGAAUAGCUCAAGGAAGCAGACAGAACUAGAUGAAGAAUAUUUAUUAGAACUAGAAAAAAAUAUGCCAGAGGAAGAAAAACAGAAAAGAAGAAAGGAGAGCACAACACUGAAGGAGAAAGGAAAUGAGCAGUUCAAGAAAGGAGACUAUGGAGAGGCAGAAGACUCUUACACGAAGGCUCUGCAGAUUUGUCCAGCCUGCUUCCAAAAAGAUAGGGCUGUUUUAUUUUCAAACAGAGCUGCUGCAAAAAUGAAACAGGACAAGACAGAAGCUGCCCUAAGUGACUGCAGCAAAGCAGUGGAAUUAGAUCCUAACUAUAUUAGAGCUUUGCUGAGGAGAGCAGAACUAUAUGAAAAAACAGAAAAACUAGAUGAAGCUCUGGAAGAUUAUAAGGCAGUCCUAGAAAAAGACCCAUCAGUUCAUCAAGCCAGAGAAGCUUGCAUGCGAUUACCUAGACAAAUUGAAGAGCGGAAUGAAAAAUUAAAGAAAGAAAUGUUAGGCAAACUGAAAGAUCUUGGGAAUUUGGUUCUUCGCCCCUUUGGCCUGUCAACAGAAAAUUUCCAGAUAAAACAGGAUUCAUCAACUGGUUCAUACUCCAUCAAUUUUGUUCAAAAUCCAAACAACAAUAGAUAACAUUAAUUCAAUCUAGUUCUGCUGGCUUUCAGGCUUCGUGGCCGUGUGCUUGCACGUACCAAUAAAAGGAUUCAGCAAACAUUCUUCACGCUCCCCAACUGAGUAUAAGACUCAAGUAUAUUCAUUUCCCUGCUUGUGAAAUUAUUUACAAUGUGGAUGUAAAGCAAGUCAUUUGACUUCUCUUAGUGAUAACUGUGUCCAGUGUGUAAUUUAUUAUUUUUCUUGAUUUUUUUUUUUUUCUUCCCUUGCAGUGUUUGGCUUAUCCAACAGUCAGGUUCACUAUUUUGGCCCAUUUAAUGCUGGCAACAAAAUUCUAGCAAGCAAUUCAGUUGAAUCAAAAUGCCCACGCACCUGUAGCCAAGAACAAAGCCUAAUGGUGUCUUGGGAAAUUAAUGAAUCUAGCAGAAGCACUUCUCCACACUCAGCAGGUGGAUAUGACUGACAGCAUGCAUGGAAGCAAGCCAGCCUCUUCUGUGGAAUAAUUUUUCUUUGUAAUAAAGGCUUGGUAUUUCUGUUGG